AUGGAUCAAAUACGAUUGAAUCAAUAUAAAUACUUACAGAUAUUUAAACCGUAUUGUUCUUGGGCUCAGACACAGGCAGCAGAUUGUGGCCCAUGGAGUUCUCCUUGCAUCUCCUUAGAGAGCCAGCUCAGAGCCUCAGACAGCUCAAAAUACUGCCUCUCAGAGAAGAAGGAAGAAAAGAAUGCGGAGUUCACAGUUGUUGAUUGUUUCCAGCAGAAAUUUGACCCUGCAGUGCUGCCCCUAAAACAGCAAUGUGUUGUCAGAAUAGCAGAAGAAGGUGUUAAUUUGUGUCAUCAUGGAAAACUCUCAUGGCCUGAAGUAAGAGACAGAUACUUGCCAAAAUGUGUUACUAAACAGGGGCAUAAUUUAACAAAGAGGCAUGUUUUUCUAUUUGAUACCUUUCUUCUGAGACCCCAGGCUUUCGAAAAUGGAUUAAAAAAAUACAUAAAACAUAUUGAAGGUAAAACAUAUAAAAACAUAUUGAAGAUCAUAUAUGACUGCCGGUAUGUCUCAGACUCUCUCUUUCACCAGUACAGUGUCCUUCAGUGUCUUGGAUACACAAUAAAAGUAACUGACUGCUUGAGAAGGUCUAUGCUGAGGUGUGCUUUCCUUCCACACCGUGUCUGCACAUUACAGGAGUGUUUGAUGCAGCCCUUGAAGAUACCUUCCAAAUGGAAUGCCAUCCUGAAGUGCAGGCAGCAGUUGCCUUCAAUGAGUGAUUCAGAGAAUCCUGACAUAUGGUUCUUGAGACUCUUCCCAGCUUCUCUGCUUAAUGCACUUGUUCUGAACGCUAUGUACCUCCUGCUGGUCCACUCAUCUCUAAUGGAUAACUUGAUGUCUGACCUAUCAGCUGUAGCACAUGGUUAUUUUAAUGCUUAUUGGACUGUCCUGGAGAUCACCUUGUGAGCACAAAUGUAGGGAAAAAUCUUGGAAACCUGAAGUAUGUUAUCUACUAUGCUCUCUCCAUGCUGGAGAACUGGAAGAGAGACGUCUGUUGCUGAAGCAGUACUGCAGCAAAGCCGAAGACAAUAAAUGCUCCAGGGCCAUAAAGGUACCUUGCACUACUUCAGCUACUAAAUUGGAAGGGGGAUGUCACUCUUGAGUGAAAAGGAACCAUCUGUGAUACAUCAAGCCCUUAUUUGAAAGUUGUGGGAGCGAAAGUCACUAGGCAAGAGAGUCUCCAAGUUACCAUGGCUUCUUUGAUUUAUAGGCACUUGGAGAAGAUGACCAGAUCAGGAAAAUAACUUCUACUACUCCAGGUAAGGAAGCCUCUCCUGGGCCCUUCUCUGUUCUUUUCUAGUUUCUGGACUGUGCUAUCUGAGCAGAAUC